AUGGCCAGGCGGGCGGGUGCGCGGCCCUGCAAGGUACUGUCUUCUGGAAGGCUAACAGGAGCAGCUAAAUUAACAAACGGAACAAAACAGUUUAGCUUAAGGAAAGGAUGUCAUUCUGAUGUGGAGUCUGGAUACUCUCUCUAUUCCACUGACUCCAACAAACAGGUUGGUACUAUUCAUAAUGGACUUGACCGUUGUGCAGCUUUACUGAAGAAUAUCUUGCAAAAUGAGGCUACAGUGCCAGUAUCACAUGGAAAACUUGCCUUGUCUGCCACACCUUCUACUGAGAAAGAACUUCCCAGUGCAGCACAGAAUCAGAUGGUUCAACCUAUUCACGUGCCUUGCUGCACUCAGCACUCUCCUGUGAUGCAUCAGAAGCUCUGCGAGCAUGUGCAAACUCAGAUGUCUCUGAUAACUGGCCGACCACCACAGAACAGUAAUGAAAUUCCUACUGUAACUUCUUUUCCUACCUCAACUCACGGCUGUCCAAGUGUUACAGCUUUUAAUUAUCAGUUACCUACCCGCACACGAGCUCUGUCCCUGCAGCAGCCAGCUAAUCCCUUAUCUACUCAGUCAGAUGUUCCUGUAGACAGUGGCAAUGUAUGUAUACCAGAGAUGGGAGGACCUGUGGUUCGCCCAGUACUUUCUGCUGCUCCUGCUACUGCUGUGCAAAUACAGUCUGCCACUGCUAGUGCGAUCCCUUGUAUAACACCAGGUGCAGCAAGUAAUUCUACAGUGCCUCCAGGCAUCUCAUCAUCUGGCAGAGAGGUGACCCUGCACCCUGAGCAACAGAUAAAAGAAGCAGAUUUGAUAAGAUGCAUACAGGCUCAUUUGGCCCUGUUACAAUCUCACAAAACGGUGAACGACAACACUGCACAGAAGCACCAUCAUCAUUGUCCAGCAAAUCAUAAUGCUUCAAGUAACAAGGAGGAGGAUGCUUCUGAAGAACAUAGUGAGGAAACGAUCAGUGAAGAAGAUGAUUUGAAUGUACUUGACAUAGCUCCAGUGAGAGAUGCAAACUGUAAGACAAAUUUUGUGAAAAAAGUUGUAAAAUCUAGAAAAGAAAGUCCAGAAGAAACAGCCUAUCAAGUUAAGACUGUAAAAUAUCUUCUGGGAGAGCUCAGAGCACUGAUAACAGAUCAAGAUGACUCAGAAGUGUUAAGGUUGAUGACUGAAAUAGAAGACUGCAUAUCAUUGCUCCCAGCUGUAGUGGGAAGUAUGAAUAUCCAAGCUGAAAUAGCACUGGCUUUACAGCCUCUUAGAAGUGAAAAUGCCCAGCUGCGUAGGAGACUGAGAAUAUUAAACCAGCAACUCACGGAACAGGAAAGAAGUGAGAAGAUAUCUGGACAGAGCUGCAACUAUGAAUUAGUUUCUUUGCAGUCCUUGAAUAUGAUGCUCCAGAGUCAAUUGAAAGAAUCCCUGAAAGACCUUGAGUCACUGCAGGCUAAAAAUGAAGAACUACUUAAACUAAUAGAGAGUCAGAAAGAAGAAAAUAAACAUCUUGCAAAAAGUAUUCAAGAGAAAGAAGAAGAAUUGCUUGAAAACAAACAGCAUUAUGACAUUCAUUCCACCAAGCUCAAGAUUGAAGUAGAAGACGCAUUAGCAAACGUGAAGAGCCUUCAGUUUAAGCUGGAAGCUUCAGAGAAAGAAAAUAAGAUUUUGGGCAUAACGUUACGUCAGCGCGAUGCAGAAGUUAACAGACUGCGUGAGUUAACCAGAACCUUGCAGGGCAGUAUGGCCAAGCUUCUGUCGGACCUCACAGUAGACAACAUUAGACCCAAACCUGAAAAAGGUCUCUCGAAGUCUCUUUUGGAAAACCAUGAAAAGCAGAUGCAACCUGAGCUGUUUCCUGGGAAUACUUCAGUAAUGACUUACCUUAAAAAAUUAGAAAUGGAUCAUAUUUUGACAGACACAGAACCUCAAGACUCAAGUCAAAGUGGAGAAUUAGAAAUGCGAAAUCUAGCCUAUGAAAAGCUUGCUCCUGAAGGAAAUAAAAUAAACGGUACAUUCUCAGAAGAAGGAAGAUCAGCUCCCAGAAUACUACUGACAUCUACUACUAACAAGCAAGACGCAGAAACAGUUUGUGAUUCUGGGACUUUACUAGAUGAUCAGACCAAGUUGGAUGAGACUAUUUAUAUUCCAUUGACUGGCAGUGCCUCUAAAAAACAGCAGCCUAUCUCUGAAAGAACUGGUGUGCUACCUCGAAGUAGAGAGGCCUGUAAGAUGCUGAACUACCACUGUGAGCUCUCAAAGUCUGUGCAGCAGAAUGGAUGUGAGACUGCCAAGGAUCCAGCUAUUCUGGAUAGAUUAAGUGCUGGGUAUGGUGUGAAAAAGGCGCUUGAAAUUACAGGGGAUAAGGCAAAGGCAGAAGGCCACAAAGUCCAAAUGAGGCCAAAAGGCACUGCAGAAGACUUCACAGACAAAGCAGACCAACCUCAGCCUGGUACAUACCCUCAUGUACCGAUGCUAUUUCAGAAAGAGACUUCUCAGCAAGAUGGCAGACAAAUCUCUGAGUUUAGUUGCAUUUCAUUUGAUGAUAUAUCUGGGAAGUCUGAGUGGAGUGUAUCCUCUUUCUCGACAUUCACAUCUCGAGAUGAAGAGGACUUUAAGAAUGGCUUAGCAGCCUUGGAUGCCAACAUAGCUAGGUUGCAAAGAACUCUGCAGAAUAGCAUUACAAAACCAUGA